AUGGAUACUGUGUUGCUAUACCUGCUCACCUCCAAAUUAGACCCCGAGACAAGGUUCAGAUGGGAGGAAAGGAUCGAACAUACACCUUUCCCAAGUGUCGAAGACCUGUUCAACUUCCUACACGGUCACUGUAAAGUGUUAGAAGCCACCAAACCAACCUACCAAAACCCAACACACCCUACAACAUAUGCGAAUAGGGCGCGGGUUCAACAACCAAAAUCUUCGCCAGAACAAACCAUUCGGGCCCGUCAACGCGCGCCACGAAAACAUGUAUUCACAGCGACACAGGUUGCUCCGGCAUGCCCCACCUGCCAAGGACAAUACCCCGUCUGUAGAUGCGAUUCAUUCAAGGCCAAAACCGUAAGUGAACGCUUGGAGGACGCUACAAGGGUGUCUUUAUGCUUGAAUUGCCUGAAGAAGGGGUACACAGCACGUGAUUGUCACGCCAGCUCAUGUCGGGUGUGCGGAGGACGACACCACACGAUGUUACACCAAGGAGAGCAGCCGUCGAGGUCGAAUUCCUCCACCUCGAGCCGAAGUUCCUCCUCGUCAAGCAGGGGAACAGCAUCACCCCCGUCACCAAUAAGUAAGCGGAAAAUCUCGAGAAAGCACAAGUCGGGGACAACACGGACGAACUCGCCUCCUAAUCCAUCCGACAGUCCGAGACGAACACAUACUCACAAGCAAGGACGCCAAAAGUCCAGAACUCCGACAAAGACCGAAAACAUCAGACCAUCAGUUUCCGAGGUAUUGUGCAAUAAUAUAGUGAUUACAGCCCAAGUUCACAUGCUAACCAACAAACAGCAACCGAUCCAGUGCCGUGCGCUCCUCGGCACCGGAUCCAGCAUGAAUUUCAUCACAGAAAGGCUUGCAAAUACGCUCGGAAUAAGGCAACAGACGUGUUCGGUCCCAAUUGGAGCCCUCGAUACAUUGACGACGACAUCAAGGCGAUUCAUAAGGGCGACGAUUACCUCCAUUGACGGCAAGUACGAACACACGUUGACGUUUCUCGUCAUUCCAGCCAUAACGCACCGGAUCCCAAGCCAACCCAUAGAUCGCUCGACGCUUCACAUACCCAGGAAUAUCAAGCUAGCCGAUCCCCGAUUUCAUGUACCUUCCCCGAUCGAUGUCUUAUUAAACUCGGGUGCAACUCUCUCGUCGAUGUGUGUCGGACAAAUCAAUCUGACGGGACCGGACGAACCGGACCUGUGCUUGCAAAAGACACGAUUCGGCUGGGUAAUCGGGGGAGUCCAACUUCGUCAACCGCGACAAGCACCUUUCACGCAUCCACGACGGCUCUGCAAGCAGACCUUGCGCGGUUCUGGGAAAUCGACGAAGGACCCCCGAUCAAACACAUUUCAGAAGCAGAGCGACGAUGCGAAGACCAUUUCAGAGCUCACACCCGACGCACCAGCGAAGGACGAUACAUCGUCGCUCUCCCGUUCAACGAACGGCUCCCGUCGCUAGGAUCAUCCAAGGCACUGGCGAUGAAACGACUCGCAUCACUCAACCGCCGAUUCCAGCGCGAAAGACGUUUCGAAGCCGAUUAUCGAGCGGUAAUGCAAGAUUAUCUAGAUCGGGGACACAUGUCAAAAAUCAGUCCCGACAACGCCCGCGAAGGCGGGUAUUAUCUACCACACCACGCCGUGAUCAAGGCAUCGAGCGAAACAACGAAACUCCGCG